AUGUAUCAUCCUUCCGCCCCCGGAGGUCAAGGACAAGGAUGGGGUGAAGGUUACAUGUCAGUAACGGGUAAACAACCUAAUUUCUUGCAAAAGCUAUACGAAUUCUUAUCUCUUGAACCACACCCUUGUCCAGAUGUCAUUUAUUGGGCAAGCGAUUCGAAACAGUUGGUGAUUGCUAAUCCUGACCGAUUGGUCAAAGAGGUAUUACCAAAGUUGUUCAAACAUGAUAAAUUAUCUUCUUUUGGUCGACAACUCAAUAUAUAUGGCUUUUCCCGUUUAUUCCCUGGUAGACAGUUCAAAGAUGGGGAAGGUAACGUUUCUGAUGCUUCGGUAUGGGCUCACCCCAGCCUUCAUCGUCUUUCCACACCAGGAGAAAUAGCAACAAUCAAAAGACGAGCCGCUCCUAAACUCUUCCGAACUCGACGUCUAGCCAAUGGUCAAUUAGUCCGUUCUCGUGCCGGUCCAGCUGUGGAAGCUAAAUUCCGAGAAGUACGUGAAUCCAUAGCUGAAAGUAAACGUCAUAAACCUACUAUAAACAUUUCAUCCUCAAUUUCAAAUUCUUCAAAUUCGGAAAUACAUUCACCGAUCGAAGAUGGACAAUCACCUUUUUCACCUACUACGAGUUAUUCUUCAUAUCAUGAAGGUAUGAAAUUAUUACCUUUUUCUCCUAAUAUGAGCGUUCCACUCGAAAUCAAUCCUGAUGAAGGGAUGAACAGACGUAUGGAUAUGGAAGGUGAAAUGGGGAUGGAAGGAGAAAUGGAAUUAGAAGGUUUUAGUCCUAUUACAGAUUAUCACAAUAUUUCAACAGGAUUAUUUUCUUCUUCUACUUCUACUACUCCUCCACCACAAAAUUCAUGGGAAGAUAGAAGAAAUUCAGAUGAAAUGGAAUUAGAAAAUCAUUAUUGGAAUUCUUCAUCUUUACCAGGUUGGGGUGCUGGUAUUCCUAAUUCUAAUUCAACUUCUACCGGUAAUUUCGGAAUAACUACGAAUGGGAUUUCAACGGGAAAUCAAUCGAGUUUGGGUGAUAAUUCUGGACAAGUAUCUCCAUCUUCCUCAGGUGUAGGUGGUGUUGGAUCCGGUAAUCCCAAUGGAAAUGGAAAUAUGAUAAGAAUAGACAGUGAUGGGAAUGGGACAGGAAUGAGAUCAGGAAAUACGAGUGGAAUAACACUCACACCUAAUGGAACAGGAAUGAAUUGGUCUAAACAUAAACUCGAAGUUAUUUCAGAAGGUAAUGAAAGUGAAUCAAGUCCUCAUAUCUAUCCAUCAUGGGAAGAAGCUAUGGAAAUUGAUCAAGCUUUCGGAUUUAAUUCAGAACCAACACAAACCCAAUCGAAUCCUAUUAGUUAUUCAACUAUUUCUGAUGAAAAAUUAAAACCAGUGACGAUUUUGUGUAAUGAUAAACAAGAUAAUCAUAACCAAAUUGAACAUUCUAUCAAUCGAUCAAAUACUAAUUCAGUUAUAUCAGUUCAAAUAUCACAUACACCUUCUCCUACUCAGAUGAUCAACCCUGUGAUGAGAUGGGAUAAUGGUAUUCAUGGGAAUACAACGAAUGAAGUGAUGAGAAGGAAUUCGGGAGGGAUUGAAGAAGAAAUGGAAAUUGAUAAUAAUAAUACAUCAUCAGAAUGGGGUUCUUCUUUUUAUUUAACAGAAACACAACAUUCUCAACAAAUCCAACCUUCUCAACGAAUCCGUCAAACUCAAGAAUCCCAUCAAGCGCAACACGAUCAAUCAGGUCAACAAGAACAACCAAUAAGAAUGAUCGAAGAUGGAAUUGGGAAAGAACAAGGAGGGAUUUUGAUUGAUAAAGAAAAGAACGAUCAAAAUCAAAAUAUUCAAACUCCUCAAAGAACUCCACAAAUGUCACGUUUCCCAAUUCCAGAUGUACCUCCUACUGAACAAAUUGAAAUCGAUCAAACUAUGCUUCAACCACAACCUCAAAGACCUAAACCCAAACCAUUAGAUUUACAUCUAUCAAAUGGUUCCACAUUCAACUUUGAUCAUUCGAUUAAACCUUCAUCUUCGUCUGAAAAUUGGAGACCUCAAACAGUUAUAGGUUUUACUAGAUCUCUUUCCAGGGCUUCAAACGUUACUGACGUUGAACAACGUGUUCAAAGAAGUUCAAGUUUGACUGGUUUUCAAGUUGGUUCAAAUGGACAUAUAGUGGAAGGGAUGGAGAGGAAUUUAGGAAUCGAUGAAUAUCCAGGAAGUAAAGAAGGAAAUGGGGUGAACGUUGAACAAGGACAAAUAAGAGGAAACAUUGAAAUUUCAAAUGUUCAACAAAGAGAAAAUUCAGGAAUUAUCAAUGAUGUAACAGGUGAAAGUUUGAAAGAUCCUUCGACAAGAGUUUUACUUUCACCAACUCCUGCAGAUAUAUUAUCACCUAAAUCAUCUUCUUCACCAUCAUAUAAUUUAUCUUCUUCAAACGGUCGUAUUACACCUGCUCAAAUAUUAUCAGCUGCAAGAGAACAAGUUUUAGGUAAUAUGUUUUCGAUUAAUUCUCCAAAUCAUUCUUUACACAUGGUUCAUAACAAGUUAUCACAUUUGAAUCAAUCACCAACUUCUUCGAAUUCUUAUAAUACUUAUAAUCAUCCUUCAACGAUUUCAACGAAUGGUUAUGGUAAUUCGAAUCAUAAUUCUUAUCAUUCAAAUUCACCGAAUCCUCAAAAUCAUCUAGUUUACAAUAAGAUCAAUAUGAAUUCGAUUAAUUCAUCAAACGUUCAUAAUGAUUUGAUUUAUGAUAAAUUGGAAAACGAUUCAAUUAUGUUCAAUACAAAAUUGAACCAGAACCAAAAUCAGAAUCAGAAUUUGAAUCAGAAUUUGAAACAAGGUCAAGAGAAUUUAAUGACGAAUCAUUAUGGUAAUAUUGGUUUAGGUUUAGCAAGUGUUUUAUUAAACAAUCCUAAUCCUAAUUCUAAUCCAAAUCCUAAUGCUAAUCCUACACCAACACCUGAUAUCAUCACAAAGAAAGAUAAUAGAAGAAAUAGUUAUAAACAUAUACCUGAUUGGAAUCAAGUAACUAUUGAUCCUAAAUUAGUUACACCGACAAGUAGUCAAUGGAGUACACCUUCAGUUACUAGAGCUUCAUCACCAAUCAAAGGUUAUCAUAUUUCUUCUAAUCAUCCUCAUUCACCUCAGAAUCAAUUACCUGUAUCAGGUAAUUUAAUCAUAAGACAAUCUCCUUCCAAUCAUAAUAAUCAUAAUCAUAAUCAACUCGUUCAAAAUUCUCAUAAUCCUCCUAAUCCUACUAAUCUUCAAGAUCUUCAGAAUCAACAGAAUAAUCAGAAUCAUCACGAUAUUCAUGAAAUCCCAAUUCAAUCUCAUUCACUUUCAAACGAAAGCCAACAACAACAACUUCAACAAGAUCAAACAUCAAGACAAGUAUCAAACCCAAAUCCUUCAUACGUAAAGUUCGAUAAACAAUUACGAAACGUAAAUUCAGACAUACCAUAUGAAUCACAUGGAAAUCAACAUGGUAAUAUCUUAUUUCAAGGAAUUUCAAGUGCUCCUCCUAUUUUACAAGAAGAUUGGAAGAAUAAUAAUAACGAUAACAAACAUACUUCUUCACAAGAUCAAUCAUAUGGCAUGACGACUUUUGGGGAUAAUGGUAUUAUAGGACAUAAUGAAAAUAAUGUUGGAAAUGUUGGACAUUUGGUAAAUUUUGGACAAUUCGGUAUGACACCAAUACAUGCUCAAACUCAUCCACCUUUGGGACAAGUACCAAUGAUGAUUCCACUUGGUACUCAAAGUUAUCCACCUAUAGCUAGACAAGAAUUAGCUAGGAGAGUUGGAGAGUUAGGUUUGGGGGAGUAG